UUCGUAAUCGUAAAUAAACUGAAAUGGUAGAAAGAUAAAAGGGAAAUUGCUUGCUUCCUUCCUACCGUGAUGUUCUUGUCUUUUAGCCCGCAUAUGCAAGUCCGGCGCCGUGUCAAACUAAAAUCUGCAGAUUUAAAGUGGGUGGUCCCCUUUUGCUGAUAAGCGUAGCUUCUCGACCAAUGGAAUUUACAGCGCAGAUUCUGUUUCCUGUUAAAAGAAUUCAAUAAAUAAUUUAUCAAAAAAAUAAUAAACAUAAUUAGAAAAUUAAUUACCCGAAUACUCAAUCCAGUUAUGGCGUCGGUGGCGUUAUCGGCAUCGUUAAUCUCAUCUUCAACAUGCCGACUUAAAUCCGCGGCGGCGGUACUAUCCUUUAAACAUAGAAAUGGAUCAGUAAAGUGCAAGGCUGUGGGUGAAAGCUCUCGAACUUCCUUAGAAGAGCCAACAGUUUUUAAAGGCGUUUAUGGCACCUGGACACUUGACCAAUCGGACGUUCGCGAGGUCAUUUUGUAUAGAUCAGGGCUGGUCACCGCAGCUUCUGCGUUUGUAAUUGCUGCUUCUUCAGAGGCGUUUUUACAGAACGAGUCUUUGUUAAAGGAAAUAAUACAUCAAAACCUUGAUUUAUUGUGUGCAAUUGGAGCUGGUGGACUCGGAUUGUCUUUGCUUUUGAUACACAUCUAUGUAACUGAGAUUAAGCGGACCCUUCAAGCUUUGUGGGCACUCGGUGUUAUUGGAUCUUUUGCAACGUAUACUACCCUUGCUCGACCGGCUGGCGAGAACCUGAUACAGUAUGUCAUUGAUAAUCCAACUGCUGUCUGGUUUGUUGGUCCUCUGUUUGCAGCACUUACAGGACUUGUCUUCAAAGAAGGACUUUGCUACGGGAAGCUGGAAGCUGGUGUUCUCACAUUUAUUAUACCUGCAGUUCUUCUUGGACAUUUGACAGGUUUAAUGGAUAAUGGAGUAAAGCUUGCUCUACUGGGUACUUGGAUGACCCUCUUUGUGAUAUUUGCUGGAAGGAAGUUCACUCAGCCUGUUAAGGAUGACGUUGGUGACAAGUCUGUAUUCAUGUUCAAUGCUCUCCCAGAAGAUGAAAAGAAGGCUCUAAUCGAGAAACUCGAGCAACAAGAUCUUUAUUAGCCAAACAUGCAUGACACCUUAAGGAAAGGAUUCAUGUGCAAUUUUGACUAACCAUCACUCGUAAUAUACUUCUAUAUGAUGUACAAUUUGGAUGUAUAUUAUCAAAUAUAUAUAUAUAGUUUUUGUCCAA